AUGACAAACGACAGCAAAACCAUGGAGAAUGGCAGCGAGUCUUCCCGGCUCAUCCCCCUAGAGCCCAUAGACCAAUGGGUCCCAAUCAACAACGUCCGCAGCAUUCUCUUCAUGGUCAUUCGCGAGAUCCUCAACGAAGAAGCAAUGCGCGAUGCGCUCGGCCACCUCAUCAGAGACCAUCUACCAAUCCUCGGAGCCCGCCUGGAGGCCAAUUCCACCAAUGGAGACCUAGCAUAUCGCCUUCCGGAUUCAUUCACGGCUGAUUACAAGCUGUUCCAAUGGUCAAAUCAGAUCGUUGAUUCCUCUCUCGCAGCCGCCAACUUGCUGCCAGAGUCUCCUCAGGCCGAUUCCGGCCCCUUCUACGGGCCAUGGUCUGUUCCAGAACUGGAGGACAAAUGGACGCCUUCUACUUGGCCGAAGGAACGCAAAUUCGAGGAACCUGACACGCCUCUGCUCCUUGUGCAUAUCGUCAAAUAUACGGACGCAACAGUCGUGACAUUGAGCUUACCGCAUGCUGUAUCGGAUCAGAUGGGAUUCGCAAGUCUGAUCACUGCCUGGUUGCAAAUUAUCAAGGGCGAAACGCCAGCAGAGUUCCUGCAGCUGCGUCCCGGCGCAUUGGAUGGUCCGAAACUCUCAAAGAAAGAGCUGCGGAGGAAAGGCACAUAUCGUAUCAUGAAUAACCUGGAGAAAACAAGAUACAUCAUGGGCUUACUACCGGAUCUCAUCCUCAACCCCGAGGAAACACGACGAAUGCUGUUCCUGCCAGUCAAGUUAGUUGAAAGCCUACGUGACCGCCACACACAGGCUCUGAAGAGCGAAUUCGGAGAAGAUACCGUGCCCUUGACCUCCGGUGAUAUCGUCACUGCACUCUUAACUAAAUUCGCAAACUAUGGACGCAAAUCCUCUCAGAAAGUGAGCCUCUCCACUGCCAUGAAUGGCCGUGGACGCCAUCCGGCCCUUCCAGCCGACAAGCCAUAUCUACACAACUGCAUCUGCCAUAUCGUACAGCAAAGCCCGAAUCCCAAUAAGGUCUCCCUCGGAAAAUUGGCUUAUCAGCAUCGACUUGCAGUCCUCGAGGGGAUGCAGCUGGAAAGUAUUGAGCGCAACCUUGCUGUCACCAAGAAGCUCUACAACAGGAAACGUAUGUUGCAGGUUACCGAGCCCGGGAAUUUGGGGUACGCUUGUACCAACUGGUGUGGCGCGUGGCGAAAUAUCGAUUUUGGCCCAGCCGUUGUGACGAAAGAGGAUGCUUCUGCCAAUGGGGGCGCCGUCAAUGCAAGCGCUAUAAAUGGGUGUGUCACGGCCCGGCCUCUUGUUCUUGGACACUCAUUGAACCGCGAUCAUCCCACGAGAUACAAUGUACAAGUCAUGUGCAAGGCGGAUGGCGGAUUCUGGUGCGAUUUCACAGUCUCGACCAAAACAGCAGCUCGGUUGGACAAGCUUUUCGAAUCUGAUCCCAGUUUGAGCAGCCUUUGA